CCAUUGUAAUAUCGUUGUGCCAGGCUAGGUGCACUUUACGGCCACGUGAAGUGUCCAUCUGUGGAAAAAAAACCCGAUUUUUCCAGCGGCAGGCAUCGGGUUUUUUUCUUUAAUACAAUUAAACCCGAUUUCGGGGAGUUAAAACCUGGUUUAGUGAAUACGAAACUCCGAUAGGCUUAGGCUGCUUCCUCGUCGGUGCUGCUAUCGUACUCGGGGGGGCCGUCGGGCACGGGGUAGUCGUAGAAUGCGGCGGGCAGGUUGGUCUUGAUGAACACAAACUUCUCCUCCACAAUCGUGGGCGCCAGUGAGUUCCUUGGCUUGGAAUGGAUGAAGCCCAUCGGUGAGAAGUUGGCGAAGUGCGGUUCUGCAAUUAGAACCAAUUAAACCGGAUUUCUCCCAAUCUCAAUAUAACAGAGAAUUAAACCCGAUUGUAAAAAACGCGACUGUGCCACCCUUGGAAGUGUCAAACGUCCGCUGACAGGAGGAUAUGGGACACACCAAGGUGCCACGGGUCGACUGACCGAGAUGACGCACGCACAGGUUGCAGCUGCUGUCAUUCCCAUUGGCUCCCCACAACUACUGCGUGAACUAUGACGUCACAAUGGAUGGCCACUCUCGUCAUGGCCGCCAUCUUAGGCAUCUCACUCGGACCCGUGGUGGCUAAAAAGGAGGAGAAGACGACCAACUGGUGGAAUUUCUGCGCAGAGAAGAAGUCGACCAACUGGUGGAUUUUCGGCGCAGAGAAGAAGUCGACCAACUGGUGGAAUUUCUGUCCAGAGAAGAAGUCGACCAACUGGUGGAAUUUCUGUCCAGAGAAGGAGAAGUCGACCAGCUGGUGGAUUUUCGGCGCAGAAAAGAAGUCGACCAACUGGUGGAAUUUCUGUGCAGAGGAGAAAUCGACCAACUGGUGGAUUUUCAGCGUCGGAGAGGAGGAGUUGACCAUCUUGUGUUAUGUUGGCGUCUUGGCACUCGGAGGAGUGGGCGCAGUUGUUGUGGUCACUUGGGUAAUAGGCGCCAUGGGCUUCACCGCCGAAGGGAUCGCCGCCGGCUCCAUGGCCGCCUGGCUCAUGGCGCGGGAAGCGGCAGCCAACGGAGGAGGGGUGGUGGACGGAGGGGUCGUGGCCACGCUGCAGUCCAUCGGAGUUGCUGGGCUGAGUAUUCCAUCUAAGAUCAUCGUGUGGACAGCCGGAGUAGCCAUCACCAAGGUGGUGGUGGACCUCUGUUGUUGCGUCUUGAAACAUUUAUAAAAAAAAUUUAAAUUUAAAUGAAGAUUGGGAAAUUGCGUAAUUAUCGGAAAUUAUGCUAAUUAGUGCAAUUAUGCGUAUCAAUUAUGCUAAUUAGGGAUGUGAUCAUAUUUGGUUAUGUGAAAUUAUUCCAUUAUGCUAAUGUAUACAGUUCUUAUAAUUAAGAUUAUUAUGCAUGAUCUCAGGAAGACACCACUCAGAUACUUCUGUGUUAAGCAAUUAAAAUUCAAAACAAAAACAUAACACUCGAAUAUGCGAACUCUUAAGCUUGGAAUUGUCAACACAGUACCACUGGGGAUGUUCUCAUUGAUCCGUACAUUUAACCCUCAAUGAUCACGUUGUUAAACUGGGUAACCGAACAAUUGAUUAAUUCCUCAAAGUAAGGCGAGCAUAUACGGUGAUAGGAAAAAGUUCUUAAACGACGACAUUCAUACGAAUGGCAAUUUUUUAAAAUUAUAUCCCGAAGGCAAAAGUAUACGUCAAUAGAUUCAUCGGCAGGAUUAUAUUAUUAACGAAAUGUCUUGGAACAAUGGUGUGCGGCAAUAUGCCUGCUUCCGCAGAUGCUUAUCUUUUGGCUAAGGCUUCAAUUAAUUCGUGGGCAAGAUUCUGUGAUCAAAAGAAUGGUUGAACACAAUAUUCUCCCUGUGAGCGUGUAGAUUCGUAACGAAGGUUUCAAACGUUUAGUUUACAUCGAUGAAUCUAUUGGUAUUUUGUAUGCAAUUAAAAAGAAAAUUACCGACUAAUGUACUGUAAUUCUAGAUUUUAAGCUUUCGUGACUGCAAAGAUUCAUAUUCUUAGGUUUUUUUUCGGUUAAGUCACGUAAGUAAAACAUCAAAAUAAAAAAAUAAAAAAUAAAAAUCACGACGUUUCGGAGGCAACACAAGUCUCCGUCAUCAGGUGGGACCGUCACAGCCGGAUUAGCUGCAUCAAGUGAGGCAAUGAUUCAAGAUGUAAUCCCUUAAAAAGGCAAG